AUCAUACGUAGUCAGCUUUUUAAGUUCAAAUUUCGAACACAAACAUUCCGAAUAGCAAUCACAAAUUUCGAAGCCAUAUCCGAUAAUAAAACGCAAAUUUAAAUUACUUUUUAUUCAACUUCAAAACAGCCACAAGAUGAAUAUGAAUUUUCAGUUCAAGAAGGAUCACGCAUUCGAAAAGCGCCGUGCUGAGGGAGACAAGAUACGCCGCAAGUAUCCGGACCGUGUGCCUGUGAUUGUGGAGCAGGCACCCAAGACACGCUAUAAUUCGCUAGACAAGAAGAAAUAUCUGGUGCCGAACGAUCUGACAGUGGGACAAUUCUAUUUUCUCAUCCGCAAAAGCAUCAAUCUGCGACCGGAUGAUGCGCUGUUCUUCUUUGUGAACAGCGUUAUUCCACCGACAUCGGCCACCAUGGGGCUGCUGUAUCAGGAACAUCAUGACAAGGAUUAUUUCCUCUAUUUGGCCUAUUCCGAUGAAAAUAUUUAUGGCCAAGAACCGCCGGCAAUGUAGUUCUCCAAUAUGCUGUUAAUUUGUUACUUUCCCUGAUUAAUCGCAUUUGUCGACAGUUACAGAGUAUUAAAAAUGCAUACAUAUGUAAAUCGCAAAUGAAGUAUUACGAUGUUUGACUACGAGUAUUACACAAAAAUGCUGCUACACAUUUCCAGAUGAACCUUCCACACAUCGUGUUGUUUAUAAAUACGAUAGAAUGCUAAUCAAGCGGGCAAAUGCUAAAUGAUUGAAUGGUAUAACUAUAUUUAUAAUGAAUACAACAACAAAAAAGUGACAAAUAAUUUGUGAAUUCAAUUAACGAUUUCACGUGAAUCGCAAAUAUAUCUAUCGAGAGAUUUGCUUGAAUUUGACAACAUUGUUAUAAUACGAGACUUGUCAAUGUUACGCGUGUUUUGUCUGCAAUUGAAUGCGCUUUUAUUUUAGUAUUUUAUCACAUUGGUUGCACAAUAAUAAUAUCAAUGCGAAUAUAAUUCAUAAUUAAUGAUUUGCCCAUGCUUUCAGAUUUACUUUCGGUAGUUUUGGAUCAUUGCACGACACCAUUUUGUUACUGUUAAAUAAUAGAAUUUAGGAAAGCGAUCUUAACAAGCAAUGUGAAAUGAUAACAUACCCCGGAAACUGAGCUUGUACGAAUGCAGCUACAGGCACUUCAUGCAGUGUUGAGUGAUCAGCAUUAUCGCAGAUCAAACGAGCCAUUGUUGCCUUACGAAUUUCCUGAAGUUGCUCCGGUUUAAAUGCAGUUGGAUUAACUUUCUCAUCGUAUUCGUAAAAGUAACGAUCUCCUUGCUUAAAGCGUGCAAAUUGAUCGGCAAUAAUUUCAGCAAAUGUUAUUCCCACAAAGCCAUCCUGAACCGCCUUCUCCAGUAGACCGCCAACCCACAAUUCAAUGUCAUCUGGUGAGCGAUACACCGAUGACAAACGAUCAGCAAUCUGAAAAUAAGUCAAAUAUAUUUUAAGAGUAUUUUAGUUAUCACAAUGAGCACUUACUUCUUUGGGGAAUACACCAAAAUGUCGUAAUUUUGGAGCACCCAUCAACUCCAGAUAAUCAUUGUAGCUGCGAAGUCCUUGAUCACGUCCACGUUGGAUAUUUAAUGCUGCUAAAUCCAAGCCAAAAGGAUUGUCACCGCGGAACAGAUACCUACUAAGCUGUUUAAUUAAAGAUAUAUUUAAAGUAAAUAACUUGCCUUUUUGACAUAAAUUACUUACACCAUGAGUAAUAGAGCUGUCGACCUCCUGCAUGGGCUGAGUGAAAAGUGUUUGCAGCAUAUCAUCAUAGAAGGCGGGUUGACGCAAACGCGAAGGAUUAAACAUAACAUCUGGAAUUUCAAUGCUACCUCCAUUGCGCAAAUGAUAUUUACCAUCAACACUAAAUUGAAAAAUUACAUUUAUAUUUGAAUUUUCAAUUGCUAAAGACUGUUGCACUUACCUCGAGUGACCCAUGCGAAAAGCAGCGCCAGAAAACUCAUUUGUGAUGGCCGGAUUAACAUCAACGUUGUAAUCUGUCGAGUAGCCUUGGUUGCGAGGCACCAAACGGAAGCGUUUCAUUUGCUGUGGUCCAAUCACUGCCGGCAGAUACUCAUUGUAGGUGAUGUGCUGCAGCUCGGCAAUCACAAUGCGUCGUGCCUCUUGAUAGAGCCAUUCAUCGGUUGCCGUUGGAUUCAGUUCCGACAGUAUUUUGGCCACACGAUUAUG